AUGUCUACAGACAUAGGCUCUGAGGAGAGAUUCCUUCCUCUGCGCGAUGGGCGUACCUUGGCAUACGCAGAAGCAGGAAACCUAUCCAGCAAGACUGUCGUUCUUUACAUGCAUGGCUUCUUCACUGUCGGGGAUGCGUCGCAGCCAUCUCAGGUCUUUCUGAGCAAGAACGUUCAUUUCAUCACGCCCACCAUGCCUGGAUGGGGCAACACGUCACCACCUCCCCCGUCGACACUAUACCGCGACUGCCUCACGAGCGACAUGACCGCGCUGUUGUCCCACCUAUACCCAGAUUUUGACGGCCAUAACAUUAAACUGUACAUCGCAGGCGGCUCGCUCGGCACAGUCGCUGCACAGAUAUUGUAUGGUGCACCAUAUGACAAGUUUCCAUUCGGCCGGUGCAUAGCAGGCCUGCUGCUAUUAGGCGCCUUCAGCCCGUUUCGGUACCAUACCGAUUACGCCAGAUACAUGACGUGGACGCAAUAUAUUCUACCUGGUCCUAUCGGGUACUACAUGCCAUUCAACCUUCUCAGUCAUCUAAUAAAAUUCGUGCUGGCGAGAAAGUUGAAGACCAUAGAAGGCGCGGAGGCAUCGUUGCGGGAAACUGUUUUUGACAGAAUGGACCAGGCGGAGCGCGAGGAGUUUGCGAAGUGGAGUGAGGAACGCGGGAUGGUACCAGAUGAUUAUGUGCGGAAAAUGGCUGAGAAUGUCCUGAAGAGCACCUCCAAGUCCUGGGUAGGCUUCAUGCUUACGCCACCUCUUCUGCACUCAGAUUGGGGAUUUCGGCCUGACGCAUUGGACGAGGAACACUCCCGUCCGCCUGUCUUGCUCACAGCGAGUAAGGACGAUGACAUGUCUCCUGUGGCUUAUGCAUACUAUCUUGCUGCCAAUUACAAGAAUGCACGGAUGAAACACGUUGAUGGGGGGCAUAUGAGUAUUUUAUAUCACAUGGACGAGGUAUGGGCAGAGUUUCUGGUUAACGAAUGA